AUGGCUCCCCUCUCCUUUCGUUUGUUAGUGUUUGACGCGAGCACAAAGCUUCCCUCGGGGAUCUUCGAGGGUAACAUCAGGGACCUGGGGAUGUACGACCAGUGCAUCAAGGUCAACGCCACUGUCGGGAACGAGACCAUCAGAGGGAAGCACUGCAUAUUCUCCCUCAAGGGGAAUUUCAAUGUAACAACGCUGCCUAUUGAUCCUAUUAUGAGUGUCUGCUUGCCAGCGACCUGCAGCCCAAAGCAGGUCAAGGAGAAGAUGCAGAAGCUGUUUAACAUGGCUGAACAGUUCCUGGGCGGUCGCGAGAUCCGGGUAAACAACACGAUUUGCUCCGAAGUUGAUGCUCAGCCCUGGGAACUCGGUGCUAAAGUCACUCUGGGCGUCUUUGUGGGUCUUGUGACCUUCCUAUUAAUCUGCACCUUUUGCGAACUACUUCCAAAGUUCACCAGCAUUAACAGUGGCUUGAUCACCACACUCAGCAAAUUUUCAUUCAUCGUCAACGGCCAACGCAUCCUGAGCACCAAAGUCUCCAAGGAGAACAUUCCUGGCAUCGCAGGCCUCAAAGUCUUUAGCAUGUUCUGGAUAAUCUUCGUCCACGCCUACAUUCACUCCCUUAGCUGCAGCAUGAUCAAUCUCGGAGAAGUCGAAAGUUGGUACUACUCUUGGCGGUCAACUCACGUCUUUGUGGCUACUUAUUCGCUGGACACCUUUCUUGCGGUAACUGGAUUCUUGACUUCGUACUUAUUUCUCAAAGAAAUGGCUAAGAGACGCAAGUUUAAUGUCUUUAUGUACUACCUGCAUCGAUACAUAAGAUUAACACCCGCGUACGGAGCGCUGCUGCUAUUUACGAUAUACCUUAUUCCAAAAAUGAGUUCAGGAGCACUCUGGCAGCCAGCGUUUAACAACCAAAGUACCUCUUGCAAGCAAGAUUGGUUGCCAAUGAUCCUAUAUGGUUACAAUUUUUAUUACGUCCAAGGAAUGACAUGCCUUGUCCACACCUGGUACCUAGCAAUGGAUAUGCAAUUGUUCUGGGUGAGCCCAUUCAUCCUCUAUCCGCUUUACAAGAAGCCUAAGUUAGGAUUAAUCAUCCUUUCGGCGGCCAUUGUUGCGUCGGUAAUCACGCCAGCUACUGUAGUGAUGGUCAAUAAGUUCUCAACGAUGAUCAGCAAGGAACAAUACACCGACAUAAGAAUGAUGCUCAAGUAUUACGUCGUUCCUUACUGCCGUGCUGGGCCUUGGCUGCUAGGAAUUCUAACGGGGUACCUUAUUGCAUCUGGAAGUAAACCUCCGAGUUCUGGAGUGAGAAUAAUUGGCUGGAUUUUGACAUUUCUAGCCUUCACUUAUGGAUAUUUUACCUUCAGAAUCUAUCAACAAGAAGAUUACAAGUGGAAUAUGUACUGGGAAAUGUUCCACGGCAUUGUUACAAAAUUCUUGUCACACCCGAUCUACUUGCCCUUCAGUAGGGUAUCGUACUCAAUCUACCUGCUCCACUUGAUAAUCCAGAGCAUCAGAGUGUACUCAAUGAGAACUCCUAUCUACUUUUCCGAAUAUCAAAUGAUAAUUAUCAUCAUCAUUGACGUAAUAACAAGCUUUUUAGCGGCAAUUAUCUUCAGUCUUGUCUUUGAAUCGCCAUUUGUAAUCUUGGAAAAAUUGAUAUUCUCCAGAGAAAAGCCGAUUGAUCGACCACCAGAGCCGAUUCAAGAAGAAAUUACUUCUGAGAAUGGAAUUAUUAAUCACGGAUUUGGAAAACAAGUUGAUUAA